CCCUCCCUGCCGCCGAGCUCGGACUGCAGCAUCCCGCCCGCCGCAGUGCCCGCAGCACCAGGGAUCGGAGGACUGGGGCUCGGCACUGGAGGAGGAGGAGGAUGGUUUGUCCUACCUCGGCGUGGGCACAGCCACCAGAAUCCUGCACACCUCAGUGAGAAGGGGGAGGGGAAAUCGGAUUUUUUACAGCCCAGGUGAUGGGGGUGAGGGAGAAUCGCCUGCAUUCCCACCCAGCCAGCCUGGUCUGUCUUUCACUUUAAAAGGUCUGGAUCCUUCUGGUCAUCUGAUUCAGGUCAAGCAGGACUUUGCGUUGCCAAGAGCCCGCGGAUCCCGCUGGAGCAGCUCCCAGCACCGGCUGCUGCCCCCUGGAAGGGACGAGGGAUGAUGCUCUUUUAAUCCUAGGAGGAUUGAGAGGCCGCUCCCCACCCCCUGGGCAGCGUCCCCUCCAUGGACCACCUGCCAGCAUGAACGCCGAGGGCCAGCAGCUCCCGGCAGGGGCCCAGGUGGCCGGCGUGCCCCUCUGGACCGUCGCCAGCUGGGCCGCCUCCGAAGUGCCCCCCAACAGCAGCGUGGGCGCGGGGGAGGCCGGGCGGCCGCAGGGGCCGGCGGAGCGGGGCGGCAGGGCGGGCGAGAUCGCCGGCAUGGUGGUGAUCCAGUGCAUCUACGCCCUGGUGUGCCUGCUGGGGCUCCUGGGCAACUCCCUGGUGAUCUUCGUCAUCCUCCGCUACGCCAAGAUGAAGACGGCCACCAACAUCUACCUGCUCAACCUGGCCAUCGCCGACGAACUCUUCAUGCUCAGCAUCCCCUUCGUGGCCACCUCGGCCGCCCUGCACCACUGGCCCUUCGGCCGGGCGCUGUGCCGCACGGUGCUGGGCGUCGACGGCCUCAACAUGUUCACCAGCGUCUUCUGCCUGACCGUCCUCAGCCUGGACCGCUACAUCGCCGUGGUGCACCCGCUGCGGGCCGCCACCUACCGCCGCCCCCGGGUGGCCAAGAUGGUCAACGGCGGGGUCUGGCUCCUGUCCCUGCUGGUGGCUUCGCCCAUCCCCGUCUUCGCCGGCACGGCGGCCACCCGCGACGGCCAAGCGGUGGCCUGCAACCUCCUUUGGCCCAGCCCGGCCUGGUCGGCCGCUUUCGUGGUCUACACCACCUUGCUGGGCUUCCUGCUGCCCGUGCUGGCCAUGGGGCUGUGCUACCUGCUGAUCGUGGGCAAGAUGCGGGCGGUGGCGCAGCGGGUGGGCUGGCAGCAGCGCCGGCGCUCCGAGGGCAAGCUGACCCGCCUGGUGCUGAUGGUGGUGGCCAUGUUCGUGGUCUGCUGGAUGCCCUUCUACGUGGUGCAGCUGAUCAACCUGCUGCUGCCCGGCCGCUUGGACGCCACUGUCAACAACGCCUCCCUCAUCCUCAGCUACUCCAACAGCUGCGCCAACCCCAUCCUCUACGGCUUCCUCUCGGAAAACUUCCGGCACUCCUUCCACGGCGUCCUGCGGCGCUGCCUCAACACCAGCCUCUGCUGCUGCUGCCGCGCCGGGGAGGGCAACACCAUGGACGAGGAGGAGGAGGAAGAGCCUCUCGACUACUGCGCCGCCCCCCGGGGGGAUGACAAGGGCAAGGGCUGCAUGUGCCCACCUCUGCCCUGCCAGCAGGAGCCUGUGCAUCCCGAGCCCUGCUGCAAGCCUGGACCUCUCCUCACAAAGACCACCACCUUCUAGGGCGUCCUCGCCCUCACCAGACCCCCAGAUGGGUGUCUCCACCCCAGGCACGGGCAAAGGGGAUUUUUGGGCUGGACAGGGGGCAAGCUGCUGGUCCUUGCUUGUGCUGUGCGGUUCAAUGAAAUAAAAGAAGCCAUAAGACUGGCCU